UGCUUAGGCUUUUGACAUAAAUCUUCUAGUUUGGUAUAUACUUUCUAAUUUCUAAAAAUUUAAGGUCUCAUAUCUCCCUAAAACUAAUAUACAUAACACAUAUAUAUAUAAGUAUAUAUAAAUAUCAAUUAAUGGGGAGGCAGCCAUGUUGCGACAAGCUUCUGGUGAAGAAGGGACCGUGGACGGCGGAGGAAGACAAGAAAUUGAUAAAUUUUAUAUUGAACAACGGCCACUGUUGCUGGAGGGCUUUGCCAAAGCUGGCCGGUCUCCGUCGCUGUGGGAAGAGCUGCCGUCUACGGUGGACCAAUUAUCUUCGACCUGACUUGAAGAGAGGUCUUCUCUCUGACGCCGAGGAACAGCUUGUCAUCGACCUUCAUGCUCUUCUCGGCAACAGAUGGUCCAAGAUCGCUGCAAGAUUACCAGGAAGAACAGACAACGAAAUAAAAAAUCAUUGGAAUACUCAUAUCAAGAAGAAGCUCCUUAAGAUGGAAAUCGAUCCUUUGACCCAUCAACCUUUAAACAAAGUACCUACCGAUAAAAAUUUCGCCGAUAUAUCUGAAACUUCAUCAAAAGCGGGCAAUGUAAAGAGAAGUGAUGAUAAAAUCAUAAAAGUCGAUGAGACGACAAAAAAUACCAUAGAUGAAAGUAGCACGAUCACUCAUCAAGAUAGUUCAAAAGAUGAUUAUGAGUUACUUGGUGAUAUUAUUCAUAACGAUGAAGAUUUAUUUAACAUUCUAUGGACCAACGAUGAACCCCCUCUACUCGAUGCAUCAUGGUGCAAUAAUAACGUCGGUGUUGUUGGAACAGUCGCAGACAAGAACAACAUUGCGGCCGGGGAAGAUUUCCCGACAUGGCCAUUAGAAGAAAAGAACGGUGACAGUUGGAUGUUUUUGGAUUAUUGUCAAGACUUUGGUGUUCAGGAUUUUGGGUACGAGUGUUACCAUGGUUUUGGUCAAAGCGUCAUGGAGACUGGCCACAUGGAUUAAUUAGCAUAUGCAAGAACGUAGCACAUGCAUGUACAGACAUAUAUAUGUAAAUAUGCAUACGCAUGCAUCAUAGUACGUAAGAUAAAAGUAAUGUAUGAAAAAUCAUGUAAAGCAGUAAAGAAGCACCAUGGUCUUCAAAAAGUACGUAUAAUAUUAGGGUAACGGUAAAAGUAUAAAUAGGGUUAUGGUUAAUGAAGAUCACUUAAGUGAGAGUUAUUCCUUUUCAA